GUGUCUCCGUAAGACAAGCCUUAAUUGAUUUUUAGGUAGUUGAAUGAAGACAAGUUACGCACCUUGUAUAAUUAUAUUUUACACGGCACAAGACGCAAUAGUUAAACUUUUGACUUUGAAAGAGUAAAGACACAGUUGUAGAAGGACAACGGCAAUGGAGAAACAAUUUGGAUCAAUCGUCACCUCCGUGUUACUGGCACUGACCUUCGGAUGUUGGCUUACUGCCCUGGUCGCACCUGGAUGGUUUUUGCUAGAAAUCAAGACAUCGUCAUCUUCAUCUUCCCUCACUAGUGCUCUUUUUGAAGAAUCGCCUAAAAAGAAGAUUACAACGGAAGUUGACAUGGGUCUAUUCUUCAUCAACGUUUGCGUCAAUGAAAAAUGCGAACAGAUCGACUACGAGAAGAUGAAAACAAUGAAAAAUUUCCACGCAAUGCCGGAGUUGUUAGAACUUCAAGCGGAAGGUGUUCUCGCCAUGGCUCUGUGUACAAUAAGUGCUCUGUUGGUGACGAUUCCAGCUCGGUCCAAGUCAACCAGAUAUCUUUUUGCUUUGAUUCUCAUGUCUAUUGCAGUAAUAUUGGAAUCCAUUUUGAUCUAUCGAAUGGCAUCAGCGAAUGCGAAGAUGGAUAAAAUCAAGAAAAUAGAACACACUCUUCUCGCUGGCAUAUCAAUGGAGGUGAAGCUUCCAUAUUCCAUACUGAUAGCUGGGAUUGGAGCUCUGUUCGGAAUUCUGGGAUGUGUAUCAAGCGCAGUCAUGUACAGGAAGUCACGUGAUUGUGCGCAGCCGGGCCAAGUUCUGAAUGUGUUCCACGCAGCUCCAGCCACUGGCUUCACAAUUCUGCAAGAAACAUAUUAACUCUCUCGUAACAUGGCGAAGAUGAAGAAAUUAAGACUUGUUUGCUCUAAUAGAAUAUUGUACUCCUAACAUAACAUAACAUAAAAAGUGUCUUGUAUGAUAACCAAUUCUUUUUUUAGCUCACCUGAGCUGAAAGCUCAAGUGAGCUUUUCUGAUCACCUGUUGUCCGUCGUCCGUCUGUCCGUCCGUCCGUCCGUCUGUCCGUCCGUCUGUCUGUCCGUCUGUAAACUUUUUACAUUUUGAUCUUCUUCUCUAAAACCACUUGGCCAAAUUUAACCAAAUUUGGCACAAAUCAUCCUUAUAAGAAGGUGAAUAUAAAUUGCAAAAAUAAAAGGCCAGGUUGUAUUCAAAGCGGAGAAAACCUCGAAACUGUAAAAAAAGGGGAGUGCAUUUUAAAAAAUCUUCUUCUCAAGAACUACUGAGUUAAUCUUAACGUAAUUUAGCAUAAAUUAUCCUUAGGGAAAGGAAAAUAUAAAUUGCAAAAUUUAAAGGCGAAUACUGUUCCAAAUUUGAGAUAAUUGCGAAAAUACUAAUAAAGAAUGGCUCGUUAUUCCAUAUAUCGUAGACUGGCAAUUCAUUGCGAUAGACUGGGUCUUAUGACAGGCAUCGCCAGUCUACCGCAUCUCGAGAACGAGGUUCUUUGUUUGAAGCUGGCAGUUUGUUGUGCAAUAGUUCACGUGCGAUUAAAAUCUAUGAAACAUGGAAAUAACAUUGGUACCGAUUAUUGUGAAGUAAAUUGAGGUUAAAUAUUUCAACGCGUUGUCAUUUUCACUUGUGAGGGUGGUUUUAGCUUGUUUUGAUUUUUUCGUUUCAUUUUGCUUUUUAACUUGGGAAACAAUCGCCUUGUAUUUGGAACAUAGACUUCGGUAAAUAGGCAGUUGAUUGUUUACCUGCGAAAAUGAUAAAAUCUGAUGCAUUAACACUGUACUAAAGUGCAUUUCCCUCUGUUUUUAUUGUUUAUUUAUUUCUUAUUGUGUCAACAAGGAUCAAACAAGGGAGCGACUUUGGUUGAAAUAAUCGAUAUUUGAUCGGUAACUUCGCCGGAAUUUCCUCCGAAAGAGAAUUUGAAGUAGCCAUGUAUUCCGAGUUCAUAAUCGUGUAAAUUAAAUCCAAAGACAAUAAAAAGAUGUUUAUGAAUUUGAAAAGACGUUUUCACAGCCUCAGUUAAACCCUGUUGUGAUUAAUCGUCCGCGACUGUCUUAUCUUUAGAGGUUAUAAAUACGGGUGAUGCAAACACAUAUACCAUGCAUUGAAAAUUACAAUCGAUAAUCAUUACAUUUCUUGUUGAUACAUGUACUACAAUUAGAAGGUAACUUGUAAUUAUUUAAUAACUCUGCCAAAUUAAUGCAAAACCGUUUGUUUACAGUUAUCUUCAAAACUAAAAUUAAACUGUUGUAAUUGGGUCAUAGGGUAGGACUAAUUUCUCCAAAAUACAAAGUGCAUAAACUGAUUUUGUGUCACCUGGCCAACUCAAUUAGAAAUCAUUUUAUCUAUAUAAUGUAUGAAUGCAUUAAAAAAAUGAAAUUAAACAAAUUGGAUAAGUUUUUAAAAGUUGCCUAUCAUUCUACGACUGACGCUGACAUGUUUGUUGAUCAUUGGAAUUGUCUUGUUAAACAUUAUAUACUUGUGUACAGAAAAAUCAAAAGGAUGAUGUGCUAUAACUACUUUCUGGGGUCCUUUCUCAUUUGAUAAAUUAUUUGAAAUCUGCAACAAUUUUGGUAUUUUUCAAACGAGUACAUAAAAACUUCUUUUAAACAGUUCUGACACAUUAUAAUUAUGAUGAUAUCCGUGCAUUAUCAUUAUUUUAAAGAAAAUAUUGCAGCAGAAAAUCAUCUUGGUUUGUAGCCGUUUGUUGUUUUUGAGGGAAUAUGAAAUAAUUAAUGGGCCUUAGUACAAAACUGAUACCUGUAUGCCUGACAAUACAUUAAAUUAUAUAGCUUUUUAACACAUCAUGUGACAUCAUUUUCCAGUCAAAUGUUUUCAUCGAUCAAGUGAUCAAGUAAGGAUAUAAAACGUCACACAAGUUUACAUCAGGUAAACAAUUAUUCAAUUAAGUUUUUUUUACUGUAGCCUUAGCAACUUUUGCCACAGAGUUCAAACACUGCGUACUGCCUUCCAGACUAGCUGGCGAUUCUCUGUCCGUCAAUCUUUGUUAACUUUCACAUAUGAGAUAUCAGCUGUGAAAAUGAAAUGUAUCUCAUCUGCAGUAUAUAUUCAUAGAGCUUGGCAUCUUAAAUAAACACACUAAAAAUAUUCACUUAGAUGUGGAAAAAGAAAAUUACACUAAUUUAAGUUCGAUAUUUUUUUUCAUUAAAUACCAAUAUACCAAGCAAGAAAUAUUGCAGGUAAAUGGUAACUACCUUUUCCAGUAUUUUCAUCAAAUGAAACAAAUAUGCAUUGCAUGGCCUCGAAGACAACAUUUUAAUGAAAUAAAAUGUUGGCAUCCUUUAAUUGUGUAGAUUCAAAAUGUUCAAAUUAUGAUUACACACAAUAAGGUAGACCCACAAUGGGUGCUGAUUUUUUAACUGAUAUACGUCUUAGGAAAUGUAUGAUUUUUUUUUUUAUCUUAAAUGAGCUAAUACUGUUCACAUAUGUGCAAAAACUGUAGGAAAUAAUAUACCGGUGUUAUAUAUAAUUAAUAUAUCACAAUAUAUUUUCACCCCUACCCCUUUAUAAAAUAUUGAGUUUUAGGUAAAAAAAAUUAUCAUGGUACUUAACUUUGCUAUAUUUAAGGACACACGAGACGUUCCUCAAUUUUAUAUAAUUUUCCUUGAUAAAAUUAUUCCUUAUUAUGCCCCCCUUCGAAGAAGGGAGGGCAUAUUGCUUUGCUGCUUUUUGUCGGUCGGUCCGUCGGUCUGUCGGUCGGUCCACCAACAGUUUCCGUUCAUUUUCUUCGCAGGGGAUGAACAUAUUGAAAUGAAAUUUAAUAUACAGGUUUAUCAUGAUAAUAUCUAGGUCAAGUUCGAUAUUGGGUACGAUCGAGCAAUUUUUGACAGAGUUAUGGCCCUUUGACGUAGAAAAAUUCUAGUUUUUCUGAGUUUCCGCUCAUUUUCUUCGCAGAGGAUGAACAUAUUGAAAUGAAAUUUAAUAUACAGGUUUAUCAUGAUAAUAUCUAGGUCAAGUUCGAUAUUGGGUACGAUUGAGCAAUUUUCGACAGAGUUAUGGCCCUUGGACUUAGAAAAAUUCUAGUUUUUCUGAGUUUCCGCUCAUUUUCUUCGCAGAGGAUGAACAUAUUGAAAUGAAAUUUAAUAUACAGGUUUAUCAUGAUAAUAUCUAGGUCAAGUUCGAUAUUGGGUAAGAUCGAGCAAUUUUUGACAGUUAUGGCCCUUGGACUUAGAAAAAAUCCAGGUAUUUAAGUUUACGUUCAUUUUCAUGUGGAUGUUUCCAAGGGAGGGGGCAUAUGUGUUUCACAAACAUCUCUUGUUUAUUAACAUUUAAACCUGUUAAUUCCCAAAAAUUCAAGGUUUAUUACCAGGCUAUUUUUAGAGCUAUAUAUUUAGAAUUUUUCUUAAAAUAGCAUGUAAAAUGCAUUUGAAUGCUUAUAAAUAAAGUCAUAGACAUAUAUUUUCAAAUGAACACGUUAUAUCUAAAUAAAAAAAGUAUCAUAAUGAUAUAACAGGAAAAUAUAAUUAUGGAAUUACCUGGUGGAAAUCUUCACAUUUUGGAGAUAGGAAAAAAUAGAAAAUAAUGGAAGAUAGGUUGCGUCUGAUCGUAAAGUGUUACGUCAAUGUAGUUCGCCAUUGUUGCUCAGGUGAGCGAUGUGGCCCAUGGGCCUCUUGUUCUAGACGGUGGUCUAUCUAUAAAUAGAAUUAGGUCUACUUUUACUCUUUUUUUCUCUUUUCUCCAAGUGACACCUUUUGCUAUUAUAAUACACGUAUAUACAUGUAGGUGACCUUGUAUCUUAUAAUCUAGAGUUCUCAACAUGACAUAGUGCCAUUUAUAUCUAAUCAUUUUUAUGCUCUUUUUUCCACAAACGGUUAUGUACCCAUCUAAAGAGCUAUUAGGUCUGCUCUUUUUUCAAAACAUGAAACGUUUGUAUGUACAUGUAAUGAUAUGCAUGAUUUUAAGCAAAGGAUUGCAAACUUUUAACAGAUAUUUGUACAAAAAAUAUCAAGCUUUCGACGAUUAUCUCACUUUUUAAGAGAAAACUUUUAACAGUGCAUUUUCACAGGCAUCCCCCUUCUUCGUAUUUUGAAAUUUAUAUUGUCUCCUUUCUUGUAAGUGAGUUAAGGAGUGCCAUACAGGUGCCUAACCACCAAAUGAAAGUAGAAUUAUUACGUGAAGUGUUUCACGUUGAUCAUGUUCCAUCUUAUAUCAUAAUGCAAUCAUUCAGGUUCGUUUUCUUUUCAAAAUUGUCCAAAAUUGUACAAAUUGUAAAAGUGUGAAGACAUCAAUAACGCAGUGAUGAGUUCUCUUUACAAACACCCCUCCCUCGUAUUUCGAAAUGAUUGAAUAUUGCCUCCUGUUUCGUAGGUGAGUUAUAGGGGUGCCAUACAAGUGCUUGAUCACAAUAUGGAUUAAGACGUUCACAUUCGUCGACUUCAAUCUAAUUUCAUAAAUAUUUUCAAUCCUUUUAAUUUUGUUUUUUGUUUGUUUGUAUUUUGUUGUUUAAUUUUAAAACUACAAACUGUCCAAAUCGUACAGUAAAAGUGUCAAGACGUCAAUUAAUGAUGAAAACAGUGCAUUUAGUAAUGAAUUUACAUUUAACAGAAAAACAACCUUUUUAAAAAUCCCCAAAUCAAAUGUCUUCUAUCCACAAGGCUCUUUUUAUAUUCAUUCUCAUUUUAACUCUGACAUAUGCAAAUGCGUAUUUUGAAUUGUAAUUCACCAUAUAUUAAUAUAUCGUCUAAUU